CCGGGGCUCGGCCCUCGGGACUGUCAGAUGGUUAAAGAUGGAGCCGAGGGAGAGAGGGCGCCACGAGGUGCUGAGGUGCGGGGUUGUCCAGAUAUGACGGGGCCGCCGCCUACCUGGAUCUUCCACUAAGCUUCACCUUGUCCCCCUGGUGAGAACAAGAGGUGUCUGUCCACAAAGAAAGAUUGGUGAGCCCAUGUCUGGAGGCUGAUGCAGGAAGAUUGUCUCAGUUUUGAAGCUGUCUGAAGAAUCAAAACAAAACUAGGAACUCCAGGACCUUGUGGAGAGAAACAGAUGUUCACCUCUUUGUAUGGAAAAGGUAGCAUCGACCCACCACCAGCAGUCCAUUUCCAAUGGAAGUCCUGGAUGAGUUCGACAACGAAUUCCCCCUGAGUGUGACCUUCUGCCAGCUCAUUUCCGAGGAUGACUUCGAGAGGCAAGCAGCGACCUACACAGAGCGUGCACUGCGACGACUCUUCCGCACCUUGGAUCGCAACCCAGCACUGGCGGAGAGAGUCGUGCGGAAGGGCAAGCAGACUGAGUUCGAGCAGCGCGGGCUCCUCUGCAGCCUCUGGGCGAAGUUUGUCUGCGCUGUGCAGGGGGAUCUAAACCAGUGCAAUGACAUGGGUGCCAUAGAGAUGCAUCGGCGCCUGGAGCAGCUGAAGAGGCGCAUACAUCGUGUGCAUCUGUAUUCCCAGGAUGCCAAGAAGAGGAGGAGGAGGCCAAAACCAAAGAAACCAGAUCCUAUCUUUCGAGAUCAGUCAACCUCCGCAUGCCUGCCACCAGCUCUCUUACCACCACCGCUGCUGCCGCCACCACCACAACCUGUCACCACCGUGGCCUCUGUAGUGGCUGCAUCACCCUCUGUCUACACUAUGCCCCGGGUCUUUGGCCCUUUCCCUCCACUGUCUGGCAAGCCGAUGGAGAAACUGGAUAUUUCAAGUUCUGAAGUGAAACUAAACUGGAGUGGUCUUUCAUCAACGUCAAAGAGCCACAUGGUUGAUCUGACCCCCUUGGUUCUCAAUCCCGGAGGCUUCCAUUUCUCAUAUUUGGCAGGAAGCAGUGCACACAAGCUCCAUUGUCCUGGCUUUCCCUGGUUCCAUGGGAGAGGUUUCUAGAAGUCAUGUCUUGGGAGACAGCCUGCAGCCUAUGACUGUGUGUCUGACAGCCCUGUGAGCAAGUAUGGUACAUCAUGAGCAUGUGUUGGCCAUCUCUCAUGCAGGACGCCAGCCUGUAGCCGACCCUCCAACACGGAUGAGACGCCAUCUCCUGUUGUGAAAACCUCCAUCUUCACUCCGCCUGUACUGCUCAAGUUCCAACCUGUGCCCAGACCCAAUGAUGAUUCAGAGAAUGACUCUGGCAGCGCAGAGUCCACUCCUGCCAAGGAGAGCCAGUAAUCUCUUCCCAACAGACCAUGCCCCAGGACUGAAUAAAGUUCAUCCUGGUGUUGA